GCGCGAUACCCAUUUGUUGUUUACUGAUAAAAUCCUUUGUGACAUACAUAUUUUCAAAUCAAUUAAAAAAAGUACUACAAGCGGUGUAAUCUAUAAUAUUUAGUCAUGUCCUUUUUCAAGAAUGUUGCGUCCAGUUUCACCAUCCGUAGUCGUGAUUCGAUUUUGAAAGAAUCUCUAAUAAAUAAUUUAUCUGAAUGCGUAAAAGACAUACAAUACAAUAAUCAGUUUGAAGAAAACUUCCACAGCGUUCUUGGAUCGACGGAUUCUACUAACACACUGUGUACGGCUCUCGAAGCAGUAUUUCUGCAUGGUUUGAAGGACACAUUACUAAGAAAAGCGAAAAAUGUACUGUCAGGUGAUCCAGACCUCCGACCGCAGCCGAACUUUUGGCCACUUGUACUCGUGCUCUCUCAUCGGCAGAAUAUCGACGAGAUCUCGUCAUUGCUGCAGAUCAACACUGAGAUUGGACAAUGCAGAGCUUGGCUGCGAAUUGCCCUCAAUGAAUGUCUUCUAUCCUCUUACAUGGCAACUCUUCUGAAAAACAUAUCUGCUGUUAGACCUUUCUAUAAUAAAUCUGCCUUUGUAUGCGAUUCUGAAAUUUUAGAAGUUGCCCAAAAACUAAUAGAAGGAUUAGAGACAUGCAUUCAGUUUAAUUUGCCCACUAAUUCAAGUUUACUUAAUCACUGGCCCGAGCCAGUGCUGAUGCUAGCUGGUCUGUGGGUGCCCACGAUGAGAGCUGCACCCAUCAGCGCGGGCCUUGAUGUGGCCAGCACCAUGUGUAAUGAAGAGGUCAAGCCUAAAGAUGUGUCCACUCCAACCCACAUAUCUGGAAUAACUGGUUUGGGCAGGCUGGCUCUAAAUGAAGAUGAGGCAUUAGAUUUUAUCCUAUCUGUAUCUAAUGACAUUACCAUCAUGGAAACACAACCUCAAAUUGAACCAGAAAGAAAGGAUGACUUAGAUGAUAAAAAUCCUGUGACUAUUGAUGACAAUGAGAGUAAUGCCAUAUCAUUAGAUCAGCCAUCCACAAGUCAGGAGCCAGAUGGUAACAAUAGUUAUCAAGAAGACACAGAUGUUGAUCCACUGGAUGCGGCUACUGAUAUUGUAAUUGCUGGAAACUCUUUGUGUGGUAAAGGAUGGUCUACUGAUAAAAAUGAUGAAAUGAAUUGUUCCAUUAAUUCAAAUUCCUCACAUGGCAGCAGCCUUAUAAAAACACCAGAAUUAAAGAGUUUGUCAUCUCUGCUGGAUACAGCGAAUAAUUUAACAGAAAAAUGUGUAAAUACUCCUAAUUUACGAGACAUCAUGAAAGAUAUCCAUAAGGAGUUAAAGUUAAAUACAGAAGAACCAGAAGUUGUUGAGUUGAAGUCAGAAGCUGCUACACCGGAAGACCCCAUGCUCCAAGGGUUGGGCUUUGAAAUUGUGUCAAAUUCAGUAACAGGCUCAUUUACUGUCACCGAACUUCAGAAGAUGAUUCAACAGCUGGGGAGCCUCUCCCGGGAACAUGGUCUGGAUCAUCAAAAUUAUCAGUGCAAGGGUUGUCAAGAUUUGUUGGGCAGCACUAUUUCCAAAGCUAAAGUGUGUGCUUAUACUGGGGAAUAUUAUUGCUCCAAUUGCAUGGAUGCCAACUUCUUUAUAAUUCCGGCUCGGGUGAUACACAACUGGGACUUCAAGAGAUACCCAGUCUCUAAAAAAUCAGCUCUGUUCUUAUUAGAGUUCCAGCAUCAUCCCUGGAUCCAUAUGAAAAAGCUUAAUCCAAAAAUAUAUUCUGGGGUGUCUGAUAUGGUGCAGCUACAAGAAUUAAGAAUACAACUUAAUUUCCUAAGAGCAUACAUAUUCUCAUGUAGAGAACCUGUUAUUGAAGAAUUGCAGAAACGAGUCUGGCCAAGGGAAUAUCUAUAUGAUCAUGUGCAUUUGUACACUAUAUCAGACCUAGUCCAGAUACCUAGUGGAUCCUUGUUAUUGCAAUUAGAGAAAGUUGUCAACUUUGCAAAAACGCAUGUGCUAGAUUGUUGGUUUUGUAGCCAGAAAGGGUUUAUAUGUGAAGUUUGUAGAGAUCCUAAAGUAUUGUAUCCAUUUGAGACAAGCACUACAUAUCGUUGUGAUGAGUGCUCAAGUGUCUUUCAUAUCAAAUGUUUCAAUGCAAAUAUGCCAUGUCCAAAAUGUAAACGAAAACAAAAUCGCACUAAUGAAUCUAACCUAGUUUAAAUGAUUGAUAACCUUGUUUUAAAUAUAUUAUCCAUAUAAAGUUAUAUUACUACAUAUUGCUACACUUUUCCGCCUCAUUCUUAAAAAUAUUUUAGGAUUAUUAUUUGAUUGCUGUGGAAAUGGGAGAUGGUAAAUGUUACCUAGUUUACAGUUAAAAACCCAUAUAAUAACAUCAUAAACUACUUGUAGUCUAUUUCUAUGUUACAAAUCUGAAUAUGUAUAGAACACACUUAUGACUUAUUAUAUUAGCAUAAUUUAACAAAACGCAUUUAAGUCCCACUUUAAUUUUAUAAUAUUGAGUGAAUUUUAUAGUUUAAUACUUUAAUUAAAUCAAUAGAGAUGCCCUUGAUAAUUUGAUAAACUAAACUUUUACAAAAAAAACAAUGAAAGCCCUUAUGAUAAUUAUACAUAUAUUUAACUUUCUUACUUUAUAUUAUUUUAGGUAGUCCACUAAAGAGUAAUGAAAAUGGCCCAUUUUGUAAAGAAAAUUGGACACAAACUGACCUAUUGCCAUAAAUGUAAUAAUUCAAUCGUAAUACUAACUAAAAUAUACUACCAGAAUUGUAUUGUGUGUGUCACACACAAUGUAGGUAAAUGCUGUUUGACUGUUUAGAUAAACACAUUUUUUUUAUUAGGCUCUAAGCAUGGUCCAAAGUAUCCUUAACCAAAUCAGAAAAUAAAAAUAUAAUUAAAUUAAAUUAGAAGACUAUGUGUCCAACUUAUCUAUGGCCGUACUUUAAGUGUAGUGUACAGUUAGCUGCUCCAAUAGUUCUCUAUAGCUGACUGUACAUUUAGUUCAUUAUGGAUACCUAAUCAUUAGGAAGUUAGUAUACUUGCAUACAGUACCUACAUUAUCUGAACGUCUAACUUUACUCUGUAUAACAUUAAACAAUAAGUACUACAAUUAAUUAAAGAGAAUUAUUAACACCGAAAACAUUUCAUAAUAACACCGAAAGCAAAGUAAUUUAGAAACAGUAAGCAAGAUGCCUUGGUAAGCGUAGUGGUAGCGUAAGUGUUGCUAAUUUAUAAAGUAUUUCUUGUUUUUUUUUUUUAAUAUUCGUCAUUUUCAAAGGUCAUUAAAUAUAAUGACCACAAUAUAUUCUUUUCACCACACCAGCUGGCUCUCGUGAUUGUUCAAAAACUGAUGAGAAAGUUGCAUUAUAAUUUAUAUCCACAUGUGUGGCAAAGUAAUCUUGUGCAAAUUUUGAGUAGUUUCCUUAUGUUGGCUCGUAGAAUUCAGUUGAGUAUUUUCCUCGCGUUGGUGUGGUGAAAAAUCUUGCAUAUCACUCGAUGGCAAUUUUUCUUAACGCUCGUGCCUUUAAACCCUCGCAACGCUCAAGAUUCCACUAUUCGGACCACUCGCUCCACGCUCGCUCGUGCUCAAUGGUAUCAAUAUUGCCCCCUUGUAAAAAAAAUACUUAGGUAUAUACCCUAAGCUCUCUUACCAAAAAAAUAAACUAUAAAAUAAAAUAAAACCAGUUAUAGCUAUUUUAGUCACGACUGCACUUAAAAUUGUAUUCAAACACCAAAUAUAAUGAAUGAUCACCAAAUCUUAGCGAGCAUUACUAAUGCGCUAUUUUCACCUAACUAAACCACUAUGACUACCAUAAAAGAACGUUGGGUUAGAACUGAGAGCCUUUCAGAAAGGAAAUGCUACAAAAAAAGAGGGUUAGGUUAGAACUGCGACUCUUACAGAAAGGAAAUGUUACUAGAAAAGUGGGUUCGGUUAGGUUUAAACUGGCUAAGUUAAUGAAAUUCUUUAUUUGAAGCAACUAGUGGCCCAUAGAUAAAAAAAAUACUUUGAAACUAUAUACAUAUUAUAAAAUAAUACAUUUCAAAACUAAUCACUACAUAUUACAUUCAAACUGUGAUCCUUACAGAAUCAAACUGUUAUUAGAAGUGUGGACUAAUUAAUGUAGAGACAUAAACAGCUCAGACCUUAGUAAACUAUUUUGUUAAUAUUCGGCCAACUUUGUCGAAUAUUAUAUUCGGCCGGAAAUCUGUUACUUAACCUAUUACCGAAAAAGAAAAAUAAACUAUAAAUAUAAUCGCAAAGCACUUUAUUUAAUAUUUAAAAUAUAUUCUUGGGAAGUUGUUAAAUAGGAAGUCCCUUUGUGAGCAUUUUUUGUAUUACAAAUAAUCUUAAUUUUUAUCAUGGCUUAGAUUUGAUUGUCUCUAACUACAUUAACUAAUCCUGAGCACAAAAAUUAAAUCUAAGUAAACGUUGUGCUUUGUAGGCGAACAAUUUUCAUAAUAAAUAUGGCUCAAAAUCUAAUAGGCAUGUUUAGCCGAAUAUUGUACGCUUCGGCCGAGAGAGGGGCCAAAUAUUCGGUAUUCGGCCAAAAUCACUAUUCAUGGCAUCUCUAUAUUUUAGGAAGAUGUUAACAUUUUGGUUAUAAUUUCACAUUAAAAUAAGAGUUUUUAUUUUGGUGAUCCUUUACUAUUGUUGGCAGUAAAAAUGUUUUUGUUUUUCAUCAGACUUGCUCGAAAAAGAUCUUAUUUCAUGCCGGUGUACUGAAGGACAAAGGCCUACUUUGUUCCCGUGAGAGUUAUGGAUUGUGGAGCUGUAACUCCCCAGAGAGUUAUAGCAUUUUUUUAAAAUUUUGUUACUAAUUCAUACGAAUUAACUAGGUAUAAGUUGUUCAUGUUUCAAAAUAUUUAAUUUGAUUUAUAACUGUGGCUGAACGUCGGAUAGGUUUGUGCCUUCGAUGCGUAAACUGUCAAAAAAUAACAAUUCAAAUAUAGUUUUUUCUUCGCAAGUGCGAGGAAAAACAUUGUCUGUAAUUCCGGGGGUGAGAAUAUUGUUCUUCAGCCUGCGGCUGACGUGAAUAUAUAGACUCAUACAAUAUUUCACUUACCCCCUUCUUUGCACAAUGUACAGACAGCGUCAAAUACUUUAUAGCAACCAAAGUAGCCAAAUAGUUCGGUACACCAUAUAUUUAGUAUGGUGUAACGAACUUUUUGGCCACUUUGUCUGCUACAAAGUAUUUGACGCUGACUGUACUAUUGAUAUUAUUUUACUAUAUCGUGAUCAGUUAAAUAAGAGCCUUUUCAAAAUUACCCCGCUUUCGGAGUUUACGGUCAGCAAACAGGCAAUGUUUGGCAUGAUAGGCAAUGUUGAAGAAGUUUACGGUAUUUUGUUUAAUUAAUGGCAUUUUUGUUGGUAAGUGUAUAGUAACAGAAACGCUAGUAGUGACCAUCGGUGGACCUUAUCUGUUUGCAAUAAGGUUUACCAAUGGUCCGUUGUCAGCGUGGGCGAUGGUGCGUAAUGCUCUCUGGGGAUGGCAUGGCAUGGGCAAUUGCAGCUCAGCAAAGUAUGUCGUUCAGAUAGAACAUUCAGUUCAGGUAGAACACAACAUUUAGCAAUCUAAGAAUACAUGUUUUUAAAAUAAAACAUUUGCUGUCUAUUAAUAACAUGUAAACAGAUUAUUUUAAGCAUCAUUAUAUUUUAUCAAUAAAACUUGUAUUUUAAAAGA